GGAGAGAUAAUGGGCAGAGACUUCUAAAUGAAUUUCUAAAAUCGUAUUGGUUCGUUUAUAAAUAAUGAUAAUAUUUAGGGAUUAAAAUUUUGCUUUUCCGAAGAAGACUAUUAAUUUUGCUCUCAAUUGUCAUAUAUCGCAACUCUAUCCCUUCUCUUCUCGUGGGUUUCUUAAAUUUUUCAAUUUCGUUGAAUCUGUAUUUUAAAAGAACCCCAUAGCUUCGGCUCACACAAUCCCUCUCUCUUCCUCCGUCCAUCUAACGAAAAUCCUAAAUAUUCAUCCAUUCCACGCCACGCAUCAUUGAUUUUGUCCUGAAGACCAAUCCUUCUCGUCGUGGAGGAGGAGAUUGUCAUUCUCAUGUAUAGGGAGCGAGGGAUUGGUGGGUCCAAGACUGAGGUGGAACCUGUCGAUCGGAAGCGUAUCAACGAUGCUCUUGAUAAACAUCUCGAACGAUCCUCUCCUUCUACUUCCAGAGCAAUCAAUGGCAAGGAUUUUUCGUCGCAGUCCUUUCUCAUGGGGAAACAACCGCCUGAUCUCAAGGAUCCCCUCUCCAAAAACAAUGUCCCCGAUGAGGAAUCUAAGACAGAUAGUGAAGAGUCAGAUGUUAGUGGUUCUGAUGCGGAUGACACAUCUUGGAUCUCAUGGUUUUGCAAUCUGCGAGGAAAUGAAUUCUUUUGUGAAGUUGAUGAAGAUUACAUUCAAGAUGAUUUUAACCUCUGUGGGUUAAGCAGCCAAGUUCCUUAUUAUGAUUAUGCACUAGAUUUGAUUUUGGAUGUUGAAUCCUCUCAUGGAGAUAUGUUUACAGAGGAACAGCAUGAGUUGGUAGAGUCAGCAGCAGAGAUGCUUUAUGGUCUGAUUCAUACUCGGUACAUAUUGACUAGCAAAGGGAUGGCAGCUAUGCUAGACAAGUACAAGAACUGUGAUUUUGGGAGAUGUCCAAGAGUUUACUGCUGUGGACAACCCUGUCUUCCAGUUGGUCAGUCAGAUAUUCCUCGGUCAAGCACUGUCAAAAUAUGUUGCCCAAGAUGUGAAGAUAUAUACUACCCACGAUCCAAAUACCAAGGUAACAUUGAUGGAGCCUACUUUGGAACAACAUUUCCUCAUCUGUUCCUGAUGACAUAUGGGCACCUCAAGCCACAAAAGCCAUCACAGAGUUAUGUUCCUAGAGUAUUUGGGUUCAAAAUGCACAAACCAUGACAGUGGAAGCUCAUACUUAUUUGGUUUAGAAGAGUUGGUAAAGGUAGAUAAAUGCUGGAUCCCAUAAACCUUCCCUUGCCUCCUUUCUAGAAACAAGAAAAUAAUGUGGAAAAAUUGCUCUCAAUGUGUUCCAAGGAGCUACAGAAAAGAAAAUUUGUCAUCCUGUCAGGCAAGUAGUCUUCAAAUAUUAGUUGCCUAAGUAGCUAGCUAGCUUCUUUUCCUUCCCAUUUGCAAAUUUGCAAUUUAUUUUUUUCCUCGUAGAGUAAUGUUAUGAAUUGCCAAAGUGACUUCUUUGUAAUUAAUUACUUGAUUAGCAGCAGAUAGAUACUUGCAGUCCUCCAUACUUUAUCAUGGGAUUCUAUAUUUUGUUU